GAGAGAGAAGAAACGCUUCAGAAGAUCCUCCCUCGUCCCUCCCUCUUGUAUUCAGCGAUACUUUAUACAUACCUCUGUUUCGCUCAUCCUUUUCAAUGAAGAUAACGGGAGAACAAACAUUGACAGACGAUUUGAAGCGAGAUUAACCCAUGAGACUCUCGGAGCCCAAGCAUGAACCAGGGGAGCGGUGCUUGCUUGUGGACUCCAGUGCCUCAGCAAUGCCCUGCACCAUGUGAUCGUUACAAGCAUGCUUCUUGUGCCCACAGAGGACAUGUUUACUUGCUAGGUGGCAGAGAAAAAUGCUCACUGAGAGAUUUCUGGAAAUACAAUGUGGUCUGUAACGACUGGGUUGAGCUUCCCUGUGAUAGCGAAGAAGCACCUGAAGAAGUGGAAGAGCACACCAUGGUAGCACACCAGGGAUUUUUAUAUGUCUUUGGAGGAUUGAGAGAUUCAUCAUAUUCUAACUCAAAAACACCUCUUUGGGUGUUUGAUACAGGUAAAGAGUGCUGGAUUAACUGGAAAGCUGCCAGUGUGGCCCUACAGGGAGUGACACCGGGGAACAGAAAAGGUCACAGUGCAGUCAUCUUGGGGUCAUCGAUGUACAUCUAUGGUGGAUACAUUGAUAUAAAAGGAUCGACAAAGGAAUUUUGGAAAUUUGAUUUUGAAUCCAGGCUGUGGUCUCUACGAAGCAGUGCACAAGUUGGGCCUGGUCCCAGACACAGUCACUCAGCUGUGACACACGGGGAAUGGAUGUACCUCUACGGUGGCUUGCAGGGCUUGAGAGAACAGAAGGACCUGUGGAGCUGGAGUUCUGCCAGUCAAACUUGGAGCUGCAUCAAAUUCCAUUCAGGUCCGUCCAGGCUGGUUGGUCACUCAGCUGUACUGUUUAAGGACAGCAUACUGAUAUUUGGAGGAGGUGAAACCCAGAGUUCCCCUCAGAACAGUUUGUGGAAGUUCAACCUGGAAACCCAAACCUGGAAGAAGCUGCCAUUGCUGCCUGGAUCAGCCUCUGUGUACCGGAUCCAUCACUGCAGUGUUGGCUUAGGGCAGAGUUUCCAGCCAACAACACAGACUAGCAUCUAUUACAGGGAAAUACCCAACUCUCACAACAUCAAGAACAAGCUAAGACCCUUCAAGAACAAGUGCCAACCUUCCCGGACCACUUUACAGGAGCCAUGCAUUGAGCUCCAGACGUUCCACAAGGAGAGUAAGAAGUAUUUAGCAGAUUUUAGCAUCACACUGAAAGACUCUAAACUAAAAGGCAGCUGUCUCACCUUUGAGAAUCAGGAGGCUGUUGGUGAGAAGAGGAAAAGUUGUGAGCUGGCGGAGGAAAGCGAGGAUGAGAUGUUCCUCCACAUGCCGGACUUGAUGUUGGUUCUGGGUGGCAAACCUCUGCAGGGACAGCAGGGGAUUUCAGUGUGGCAUAUGACCGUGGCGUAAAUUACCAUGUUCUUUUGCUUUCUCUGUGAGAAAAAAAAGCAAUAGUAGGUCAAUCCUGUGGGGAAAUUUAGACUUUCAAGAAAUCGUUUACAUACUGUGAAGGUGAAAUUUGUUAUUUUGCAUGCCCUUAGCUAAUGAUUGAUUAUAAAGUUUGUUUGGCAUUCUGUCUCGGGAGAGAGCCCUGAGCUCAUAUGAUCCUCGAAC